CCGAAGACUUCUCCUUUUCCUUUCUAAUAGUCGUCACCUCAGCCUCGGCCGGCCCAUCGAUCCGCACCAGCACCGCCGCACGCGCACACACCGCACCCUACCCGGCGAGCUCGUUGCCGUGCGCUGCUCUCCGACUGCUCUCCGCUGCCGUCCGCCGCGCAGCUAGGGCCUACACACCCGGCGGCGGCCAUGGCGGAGGAGCUGGUGCUGGACACGGCGAUCCGAGACUGGGUCCUGAUCCCGCUAUCCGUGGUUAUGGUCCUCAUCGGCGUGCUCCGCUACUUUGUCUCCAAGCUCAUGCGCUCCCCGCCGACCUCCCCGUCUCCCGACCCCAAGCUCGUUAAGGAAGGGCAGGUGGUCAUCAGGGCGAGGAACCUGAGGACCAACGCGCAGUUCAUACCGGGCAAGGCUUUCAAGGCACGCAAGGUUUAUUACACCAACGAGGAAAAUGGAUUACUUCAUGUUCCAAAGGAAGAGGCGCAGAAGGCUCAGGCAGCCAUGUUUUCAGAUCCAAACAUGGCCAUGGACAUGAUGAAGAAGAAUCUAUCCAUGAUAGUUCCUCAGACACUUACAUUUGCAUGGGUGAACUUUUUCUUCUCAGGUUUUGUUGCAGCGAAAAUUCCCUUUCCAUUGACUCAGAGAUUCAGGGGAAUGCUGCAAAAUGGGAUUGACCUGAGCACUGUUGAUGUCAGCUAUGUUAGCAGCCGUUCAUGGUAUUUCCUCAAUUUAUUCGGCUUGAGGGGUCUUUUCAGUCUGAUCCUUGGUGAAGAGAACGCAACUGAUGAUGCACAAAAGAUGAUGCAAAUGGGCGGUGGAUUUGGAUUUAAUCCAACAAUGAGUUUGGGUGCAGAGAAAGACAGCCUGGAUAUCAUCCAGCAUGACUGGGCUCUACCUAAGAUGGAGAAGCACGCAGAAGAUGUGUUGAAAAAGUUGCUCAAGAAAUAACAUGAACGGUUGUGCUUCUGGGAAGCAGUACUCUGCGUCUUCCAGUUUUUGUUGUAGCCUGUUUGAGUGACCAGAAACUUUACACAUUUCUAAUUGUAUUAUUUAUAACUGGCCACGAUAACACUCUUAGAAAUUGGAGACCUAGUUCACAAGAACUUCGGUUUUGUGGUUCUUAUAUAAGUAGAAAAAAAAAUGUAAUUCUGUAACUUCUCCUGAUAUUUAAGAGCGUUGUUUCAGCAGUCC